AUGAACGGACUCAGCUACCCUACCUACCCAUACCCAUAUCAUGAUGGCGAGAGCCAACCAUACUUCCCGACUCCUCCUCCCUCAGCUUCCUUCGCUCCUCCAACCUAUGAAGCAGUCACGGGCGUCCAAACUCAUUACCAACAGGCUCUUACCAGUGGUCUUCAAACGCCCGCUUCGUCUCCGACCUCAACGCAAUCUACGCCUCCCGCAGAAUCUUCGAGGCGGAUUCCUCCACCUUUAGGCUGGAGCGCACCAUCGAGACAAUUGAGUCGCCCGUGCCGCUGUGGCCACGGAAGGUGCAGGUGGCGGUUCUUCUACCCUACCCGAAUGAUGCUCGCUGUCCACGAAGUUCUCCCGUUCCAAAUCCAACCCCAAGGACCCUACACUACCAUCCGCCCUCCGCGAGAACUCAGCAAGUCCCAAAUGGAAACGUUCCUGGUGUCGCUGAACGGUUCCGAAUAUAGCUUCCUGAAAGCUUUCGCGAGCCCGCUCUAUCGGUACUGCCGGGACAGCGCGAAGCGCAGACGACUUUUCCUCCAGUGCGAGCCUUGGAUUGAUGUAGACAGAAUCGAAUCGGGCAAAGUAGUGUGCUUGGGAUGCGGGUGUGAUGUCUCCCUUGGGGACGUCGAGUACAAUCCUGGUAACUGGAUGCGCCACCGGGAUUGCGUGCUGAGUCCACAGGCUCAUAAGUUGAUUUCAGAGACAACGGUAGCCUGGGCAUUUGAAGAUCGUUUCGCUCCAGCCUGGGACGGCAUUCAUUAUGCGUUAAACGGUCACGAGGCCGCCAAGUCCUGGAAAGCUCCUGAAUUGUUCGCCCCUGCUAGAAUGGUACUAGCCUGGAUGGUCUAUUUGUUCUUCGAGGCAUAA